AUGAUUAGUGGAUCAGCUAUACAUAAAGAGCUGAACAAGGCUAAUGAGAAGAAGGUCCAGAAUGUACAGGUGUUUGUAAGAGUCCGACCCCUGUCACUAUUGGAGCUCGCCAGUAAAGAGGCAUUGCCACUCGAUUGGUCCACAGACAAAGAUCUAGUAUGCAACUACAAAGGAAUAUCAAGAACAUAUCAAUUCGAUCAUAUAUUCCCUCCAGACUCGAAACAACAGGACUUGUUCGAGGUAUCAGUACGCCCGAUUGCGGAUGAGGUGUUGAGUGGAUUCAAUGGAACGAUAUUCGUUUAUGGACAGACUGGUACUGGAAAGACUUAUACGAUGGAGGGAAAGAUGGAUCAGCCAGAGGAGAAUGGUAUAAUACCUAGGACUGUUGAUUAUAUCUUUCAGACUUUGGAGAAGGCUGGCAAUGAUUACAACGUUCGAUGUUCACAUCUAGAAAUAUACAAAGAAGAGAUAUACGAUCUUUUAACAUGUAACAAUCAGAAUGAGAACAAGGCCCUCAACGUUUAUGAUGGAAAGGUCCAGGACCUGGAAGAAGUGGUCGUCAAUGAUACCAAGUCAAUAUUGUCAGUGCUGUCAAAGAGUUGCAAGAGACGACAGACGGCAGAGACACAGUAUAACAAACAUUCAAGUAGGUCACAUUGUAUAUUCACUAUAACGGUCAAUGUGAAGGAGACGACUUUGGGAGGCGAAGACUUGAUCAAGAUCGGCAAGCUCAAUCUGGUCGAUCUUGCUGGUUCGGAGAACGCCCAGAAGAGUGGCACUAGCGAGCGACUGCGCGAAGCCGCAGUCAUCAAUCAAAGUCUUUUGACGUUGGGUCGUGUGAUCACGGCACUGACGUCCGAGGGCCAAGGACACAUUCCAUACCGCGACAGCAAGUUGACACGUCUUCUGCAGGACUCACUCGGAGGCAAGACCAAGACAUCCAUCAUUGCCACUGUGUCGCCAUCCGCACUCAACCUAGAGGAGACAGUCAACACGCUGGACUACGCGCUCAAGGCCAAGUCCAUCAAGAACACGCCAACAAUCAAUCAGCGCAUGUCCAAGAACUCAUUGUUGAAGGAGCAGAGCGCAGAGAUUGCUAGACUGAAGCAACUGUUGCAGUCGGCCUACGACAAGAAUGGUGUCUACCUCUCAAAAGACGUGUACCAUGAUAUGGAGGCCAAGAUUGAGUCACAGCGCGAACUGAUCGAAUCACAGGAACUGCAACUUCAUGCCGAGAAGACCGAGUUGGAGCUACUCAAGAAGCAGUUGGCCACACAAAUUACAAUGGGCACACGAGUGGAAAAAGAGUUGACGAGACUGAAGCGCGACCAACAGGAACAUUUGGAGAACUGCAAGAGUGAUGAUACUAAUCUGCGAGCAACAUUGAGUUCGGCUGUGGACGACCUGCACGCCAUGCAUUCAAAGUUGGACGCAGCCAAGACGGUCGAGUUAGAGAAUGCGAUGGCGCUCGAGAGUGCCAAGAUGCAACUCGAGUCCACAGUGUCAGAGAUGCUCGCCAGUAGCCGCGAGGCCGCCAGCACCAAUGUCCAAUUCCUCGACACACUCAAAGAACACUUUGCCAAGCUGCAGGACCUCCAGGCCCACGACAACGAUGGUGUUGCACGCCAGCUCGAAGACAUGUGCCAGCUCAUUGCGCUCAGCUAUGGCACGCUGUCAAACAUCUCUGACUCACUACAGAACACCAAUGUGCCCAUGUCCAAGAUCACGUUUGAGGUCGACACACUGGCCACCGCGCUGGACAAGGCUGUUGGUGACCUGAAGAUCGUGGCCAGCACUACCAUCACUGGACUUGGCGCGCGCUUUGCCAAACACACUGAGCGCAUGGCCCUAGAGAUUGAGAAGUGCAUCGCCAUGGUGGACCAGGGCUUGGCCGACACAAGUACACAAGAGGACGCUCAGCAACAGCAGCACAAGAACAUUGAUCGCAUCACCCAGCUGAUUGAUCAAUAUAUCCAGGACAGGACACAGUUCAUCGAGGUGCAGCGCGAAGAACAGAGCAAGCUGAGCGCCAAGAGACAGGAGCAGAGGGCGGCGGCCGAGCGCAAGUUCACAGCCAAGCUCACACAGUUCAUCACACAACAUUGCUCCAAGAUGAAUGAAGAGUUUGAGGAGAGCGACCAGCGACUCACUGAACAGCUCAAUCACUUUGCUUCGGACUUUGAUGGUGUGUCGGAGCAGUUGCAUGCCUCGAUCCAGGCGGCCAAGCAGGUGUCCAUGGACAACAGCACUGGCCAACUCAGCACAUUGAUGGCCCACGAAGUGAAGGCUCACCUGCAGACCUUGGGCACAGAGCUGACGAGUCAGCAAGACGGUGACUUGGACAGCGACGUCAAGGAGAGCAAUCAGCGCUUGGACAAGGCGUGCAAGAAACAUCUGUCGGCCACGGCCAAGAUCAAGGGUCAGCUGGCGGGCCGCGUCACAUCGGCAUUGACAGUGAUCAACCAAUCGCUCAAUGAUCAGCAGACCAUCAUCGAUGAGUUGCGCUCUGCCGAGAAGUCGGCCAAGGCAAUCACACCGGCGAUGGCCAAGUCCACCGAUCGUCUCAUGGGAUACCUCGGCUCGUCCAACGAGUUGAUCGACAAGCAAUACCAAUCUGCCAUGAACAUUCUGGAGGGUGCCACAUCAGACAACAAAUGUAACAUAAUCAAUCAAAUACCAAAGUUACUCAAGACCAAGUCAACACUUUUGUCAUCGAUCAACAGUAGUCCAUUUGUACAAAACAGUCCUUUCAUGUUCAGUGCUGGCACCAUUGGCAGCACAGCUCGAAACUCAUUGAUCCAACAUACAACACCCAGCAAAGUGGCGGCAACGACAACAACUACAACAACGACGACGACUUCGACAACGAACAGUCCAUUAGUUGGACAAUCCACCACCACUGGAUCACCCUUUAAACCUCUAAAGAGAAAGAAUAUGACAUCGUCAAGACCACCCUCAGCCUUGAGGAAUCACACCACAUCUAGCAAGUUGGAUGAGAGCAGUGAGACUGGCAGCAUUGAUCUCAGUCCCAAGUCAUCACAGCCACUCAAGAGAGUCAAGGUAUCACCUGUUGCCUCGUCCAACACCACAUCGGUCACUUCAAGAAAGCCACUGGUGAGUUCAACCAGUCAGCUAGUGCCCCCACCAUCAACAACAUCAUCAUCAUCAUCAACAUCAGCAGCAGCAGCAGCACCUAAUAGUUCUGUUGCCAAGAGGACUACUUCAGGCGGCGCCACAGUCAUCAAGAAGAAGUCAUUGUCUGUAGCGACCAGUGGCAGUCGGACCACCAAGUCUGGUCCUUCCGGAGGCAAGGUCUCAAUCAGCAGCGGCAAGACAAAAAUAAGCAGCAAGGACAAAGAGAACACAAUGUUCUUGUCCAACUUCACCUUUGGGCCUGCCAAGUAA